AUGGCGGACCCGAACCCGCCCGGCGCGCCCAACAUCGACCCUAUCACCGGGCCUGUCAUACUGGGCCAAGUCGCCGCCGUCAUGAUGUACGGCGUCCUCCUGUCCGAGUUCUCGUCGUACCUGCACUCGCCGGCCUGGCGGCGAAGCGGUCGGGGAAUGAGGUGGAUCAUUUGCGGCAUUGUCCUCAGUGUCACGGCGUCCGUCGGCCUGGCGAUCCACGACAUCUUCUUCUACGGCACGCUGCCGACCGACGACCUCCAGUUCAUCCUGCAUGGCACCGAUUCGCAGGCCAUCGAGCCCAUACUCGCCGGCGUCAUCGCGUUCUCGGUCCACCUGGUCCUCAUUCAGCGGGUCCUCAGCAUCCUCCCGUCGCGCUGGGUCCGCUGGACUUUUGGCGCGCUCGUCGGCACGGGCGCGCUCCUCGGCCUCCUCGCGUCCUGCAUGUACGGCGCUAUCGGCGUCUUGUACCACAAUUACGACUUCACCGGGUGGCCUUGGCAGUGGGAACGGUGGUUCAGCCUGUGGCUGUGGAGCGUCGCGGCGGUCGACGUCCUCGUCACGAGCGUCUACGUCUGGGCCCUCUGCAAGCGCCUCAGCGGCGGCACCCAGCUUCGCCAGUCGGUGCUGCGCCUCCUCGUGCUCGCUGCAGUCCGUACGGCGAUGUACACAGCGGUGCUCGCCGUCGUUGCAGCCGUUCUCGGCGAGAUUUGGGGCAUCAACGACCCAUACCGCAACUUUAUCUGCUACGCAUUCUGGGAGCCUCUGCCGCCGCUCUAUGCACUCAGCCUCUUCACGACGCUCUCGGUCGCCGACAACGUCGUCGCCCGUCUCGGCGACCCGACCCUGCGCAAGCACGACCGAGCCGAGUCGGUCCUGCCUCGCUUCGCCGGUUUCGGCACGGGCGGCAGCAGGAGCAUCAGCUUCGGGGCGACGAGCUGGGUCGCAGAGCGGCAGCAGGAGAAUGGCGGCGAGGAGAGCCGGAGCGCAGAUGGAGGCGGCGGCAAGUCGGAAGGGCAGCUCGAGCCGGGCGCGUCGCUGGUUCGGCCGCACUCGGGCGUUUUUGUGCAGGUCGAGAUGAUAGAGCACGACGAGCGUGACUCUCCCGUGUAG